AUGACAGACAAGAGCCCUGCGCCCGGCGGCGCACCUGCAACGAAAUCGAGGCCCAGCACAUCUGGAGAUGCAGGGAAGGACGCGAACGAGUCGCCAGCAUCUGCGGCCAAGCCCGAGUCGAUUGGCGCGGGCAGUCACUCUAGUCCCAAGAAGCGCCGCAAGGUGAAUCACGGUAAGGUGCCGUCGCGCGGCAUGCGACAGGGAUCUCUGGGCGCAGACGCGGGCCGCAUGGGACGGCCUUGUUCUCGAUGUAUAAAACGCAAUAUCGGUCAUUUGUGCCAUGAUGAACCCAGAGAACCGCCAAAACGGACGCAACAGGAUUCUGCGGCAGACGAGGAGGGCUCAUCGAACAAUGAACUAGCCAACGUUCAGGGUAUGCCUCCCAAUGUCGACGUCCCAGAUGCUGCCGGUCAGCAAAUCCUUCCUGAAGGCACGAUUGGGAUCCCGCCUUCUUCUAUAAAUCCGUCUUCGUCGGUACAACCUGCGAGCCUUUCCUCGUCCAGUCAAGGUCUCGAUAGCAAUUCCCAGUCGCUCAUGGCAUACAAUGACUGGCUGGGUGGGCAGAAUCAGUUCCAGGACAUGCAUUCCCUUCAUCCAUCGUAUAUGUUCAAUGCCCCCGAGGUGACAAACGAGUAUAACCUGCUUGGGGACUUCCUUAGCAAUAGCCUGUUGGACGAUGGUGCCAUGUAUCAGAACCAAGAUAUGCAAGGCAUCUACUCCGAUCCAUCGCUGAUGAACUCCAUGACAUCCCUGGGUGCUCCCAAUGGCCUGCCCCCGCCAACACAGCUUCCGCCGCCGGCCCAAAGCCAACCGCCACAAGGCGACUCCAUCCAAAGGCCGACCUCGACGGUGGGGAAUGACAAGGCGCGAGAAACAUACUACAUGACAGCUGCCGACCCCUCAGGAUCCGACCCGCCAGAGGAACGCAUGAACAAGCUUCUCAAGGCGAAGUACGAUGCGGGGUUGCUGAAGCCGUUCAAUUACGUCAAGGGGUAUGCACGUUUAAAUCAAUACAUGGAAAAGAACAUGCAGCAAGUGUCACGGCAGAAGAUCCUUCGGCAGCUCGACAAGUUCCGACCCAAGUUCCGCGAGCGCAUGCAGAGUCUGACUGAUAUUGAGUUGAUUCUGGUGGAAAUGUGGUUCGAGCGGAGUUUGAUGGAAUAUGACCGGGUUUUCGCCAGUAUGGCGAUUCCCGCCUGCUGCUGGCGACGGACGGGCGAGAUCUUUCGAGGCAACAAUGAGAUGGCCCAGUUGAUUGACGUCCCGAUUGAGGGUCUACGCGAUGUAAGUUCCGAGUUUGCUCUACUGUUAUGUUCUGUUGUGGAUUCUAAUGCAGCUAUUGUUUGUCAGGGCAAGCUCGCCAUCCACGAGAUUAUCGUGGAGGACCAGCUCGUGAGCUACUGGGAGAAAUUCGGCGCUAUCGCCUUCGACAACACUCAGAAAGCAAUGCUUACCAGCUGCACAUUGAAGAGCCCUAAUCCCAAUGCGACUGGGGAUGGCAUUCAAUGCUGCUUCUCCUUUACGAUUCGACGAGAUAACCACAACAUGUAA